CAAGCAACCAAACAAAAAAAGAGAGAUUUAAGACAAAAGAAAGAGAAAAAAAGAAGAUAUGGCAGGACUCAUCAACAAGAUCGGAGAUGCACUCCACAUUGGAGGAGGCAACAAGGAAGGUGAGCACAAGAAGGAAGAGGAACACAAGAAACACGUCGACGAGCACAAGAGUGGUGAGCACAAAGAAGGUAUUGUUGACAAGAUCAAAGACAAGAUCCACGGUGGUGAAGGCAAAAGCCACGACGGAGAAGGCAAAAGCCACGAUGGUGAGAAGAAAAAGAAGAAGGACAAGAAGGAGAAGAAACAUCAUGAUGAUGGUCACCACAGCAGCAGCAGUGACAGCGACAGCGACUAAGGUGAAGAAGUGAGGAGGUUCGCUUAAAUAAAACAGAUCUGGUUCU